AACAGCGGAAGAUUCAAAUCGAAGAUGGCGGCUGAAAAUGAUCCUCACAACAAUCACAAACUGAGCCGAAGGGGAACAAAAUGCACCAUGUUUAUCAGCCAGGUCAAGCCAAGCACAAGCCAGUCUGUGAUCUUUAACCCGGACUUCUUUGUGGAGAGGCUGAGGCACGAGCAUCCACAGGCCUUCGCGGAUUUGGUGCUUAGCAAUAUCACCCGACUCAUAGACCUUCCAGGGGAAGAGUUUGCACAACUCACCGGAGAGUCAGAGGCCAAGCUGCCGUCUGCCUCUGGCUUUCUGCGCUCCUUCAACUUCCUGAAGCGAAAAGACAAAGGAAUUGUUUUUGGUGCACCACUAACUGAAGAAGGAAUAGCACAGAUCUAUCAACUCAUUGAAUACCUGAGUAAAAAUCUCCAUGUGGAGGGGUUGUUCCGUGUGCCAGGCCACAGCCUCAGGCAGGCCGCCCUGAGGGAGAUGCUGAACGCGGGGGCAGAUAUAGAUCUAGAGACAGGCGACUUCCACCCCAAUGAUGCGGCCACACUGCUCAAAGCCUACCUGGGGGAGCUGCCGGAGCCCCUGCUCACACACAGACACUAUCAGGCUCACUUGAAGAUCGCAGAGCUGACUCGCUUUGAUGAUAAGGGGGAUAAGACGAAUGAGCCGGACAAGGAACGUCAGAUUGAGGCAUUUCAGCUUCUGUUCAUGCUGCUCCCACCAGCCAACCGCAGCCUGUUGAAGCUGCUGCUGGACCUGCUCUACCACACCGCCCGCAAUCAGCACAUCAACAAGAUGUCUGCUAUCAAUCUAGCCACUAUGUUCGCUCCACACAUCAUCUGGCCCAAAAAUGUGAUGGCAAGUGAUCUUCAGGGAAAAAUUGAGCAACUGAAUAAAGGGAUUGCGUUCCUUAUCAGGCAUUCACAAAAGCUCUUUAAGGCACCUACAUACAUCAAAGAAUAUACCCGCUUGUACUUCACCGGAUCAAAUACUCUUCAGUCAAGGGACGACUCGACACUCUGUUCUGCGAGUAAACAGGAGCUCAUACCUUUGGUGACAGCUGCCUCCCCUUCUCCCUCCGUGAGGACCAUCAGAGGGGAGGUCAGCAGUUCCACUUCCCUAAAGUCCCCUGAGAGAGCGAGUUACACCGAGUCUGCCCUCAGAGAGCUGUACCAGCAGGUCAGCACCAUGCCCGAGUCUGCCAAAAAGAAGAAACUAAUCAGACAGUUUGACAAGCAGCCUUUGCUGACCCCUUCGUCUGACUCUCGGACGCCAUUCAGCCGGAAACAUUGGCGCUCACGCUCGCUGGGAGGAAUGAUCAAGAGGAAGGUGUUGGGAAGCCAGAUAUUAAGAGAGAAAGAAAACAGCAGACUGCAGAGUCCUCCACCCAGUGGGCAGUUGAUGGCAAAGGAAGAGAAAACACCAGCUGUGGAGGAGAUUAGUCAGCUCUAAAAGAAUGCGUUCUACAAAGAAACCUUCGGUCAGGCUGUUAUGUAAAGGGUAUUAAAGGAUCUUCUCGAGGCGUCGACACAAACUAAACAGUGUAAGGCACUGAGCAGCUUUGUUUUGACACCAUGUUUGGAUCUGUACUCUGCUUUUUCUUUCUCAAGAAGUAAGAUGUCUUAAAGGUUCUUAAGAUAGCCAAUUCUUGCAGUUUAGUAAGGUUUACUGAAACUGAAAGCCUAAAAAGAGUUCAAUCAGAUGAUCCAUUUAUUUUAAGUCAAUGCAGUUGACGUGUUUUCUUACGCAGUGGUGGUCCGUCUUCAUUUCUUUACAUAUUUUUAAUGACAUUUUUAGCAGGAAGCAAAUGAUCUGAUUUAACCAGUGAAUUUGUGGGUUUUCAACUUUGUCAUCUGGAACGUGUUUAUUUAAUUUGCAAACCAAAUUGUAUUUAUUUCGUAUUGCUCAUAUGGCUGUUUUAUUUCCUGGAUUCCAAAGCAUCAGAUGUUUUGAUAAGAUGUGAUACGCAGGCUCUUUCUAUUUAAAUGUGACAUUUUUCUUUGUAAGCAUAACAUACCUUAAUUGGACUGACACAGUCAAAGCAGACCCUUCAAGACUUUUUUUUAGAAAAGUGUGAAUUCUGAGUGCCUUAAAGUGAAUAUGUCUUAAGAAACUGUAUAAUGCAAUGUUUUUUUUUUACAUUCCUAAUUGCUUUGGUAGUGUGCUGAAAUGUCUAUAAAUGUCUAUGUCUAUCUAAUUCAAGCAUCAUAUAACAAGAGAAAGACCAAAGGACCAGCUUGUGUAGAUUAAAUACAUUUAAUAAAUUAGAGUUUGUCUUUGUUUCCAUUAGCUCAAUUCCUGGGUGUCAAGCUGUGAGUCUUUAAACUACUGCUACUUUAAAAUACUUCUUGGUCUUGCUUUUAUAUUUAAGUUGUCUUAUGCCAGUGUUGACUCUUAUGCAACAUCGUAUACAGUUUUAUACAUUUCUAUGCAUUUGUGCAGCAUUUUUUCUUUUUACUUUUUUAGAUUUGUCUAUAUUUAUCUUUUAUUUUGAAAAAGUUGAGUGCAAAUGAAGGUUUGUUGUUUGCCUUCAAGGGUGGUGGUUAAAGCAGGUGCUUUCUCUCAGAGUUUGAGCCAAUGCCACUUUUAAAGCCUGCUUGUUGUCUUUUAACUCUUUCAGUAGCAGUUUUCAGGUCAAUGGUCACUCUGCCAAGCUGUUACAAUUCAACUAUAAUGUGAUAAUUGCCAACACUCUACUUUCAUUGGCCAUGUAAACUGAUGAUUGUAAUGCUACUGUGUGUGAAGCUAUGCAACUUACUGUAAUUAAAAGACAUCA